AUGCCACAGCAUCUGGUGUUCUCGUGUAUUCUGAGGAGUGCUCGCGAAGGUUCCGUUGGGUAUGUGGAAACUCACCACUUGGUCCUCCAUCCACCAUCGUCAUCUACACCGCCUGACCUGUCGCCUAUCGCAGAUCACCGAAUUCAUUUCAAAUUGCCCAGAAUGGUCACUAUACGACGUGGAUCAACGGACUCAUUCGGGCGAAGUGACGAUCUGUGGAAGACUCAUUGUGAGCAAAUUUGUCAAAACGUGAACAAACUGGUCAAUGAACUGUGCUUUAGAGAAAAGUGUAUAAGCAGCACACCAAGUACAAACAAAGAGUGUGAAGUGGACGCUGACGGCUGUUCGUUAGAAAUUUCAUUGGAAAGCAAUUCGGCAAAAGGCCCCUCAAUACCUUUAGAUCAGAUUACGGAGCUGGUGUCAAAGGCGUUUGGAGUCCCAAAUUUUGACGUCAGUGGAAAUGUCUCCCACUUGAAUCCAACCGAACGACAUAAGCCGGUUCAACUGAUUGUGGAUAGGCUAAACACCAGUCAGAAGUUUGCGUUCUUUACGAAUACUUCCAGAUGUCCUACCAAUUGGCGUCUUGUUGGAACAGGAUUUGCAGCCACGUGUGUUCCUGCUCAAAUGGCUAACAGGAACAGGACAACGCACACCUACGGUCAUAAGGCCCGCGGUCGCCGGCCCACUUGGGUCAACUUUCCAACGACAGCGGUAUGGAUACCUGAAGUUUCGUUCGGGAAGCUGCCGGAUUUGCAAGAGAUUAUGAACCACUUGCAGCCCACUGAGACGCGCCUGCAUGCGCAGAUGGAGGCGGAAAAUCUAAUUAAAGAACUGCGCUACCUCGGUUUCGCUGAAGAGGAGCUACUGCUCAUCAUAUGUCUCUCCAUAAUGCUGGCCAUUUUUGGAUCCGCUUUAACGGCGAUCAUCUUCUUCGCUUUCUUCAAACCGGUGCGGCCUCCUGGCUUGUUCCAGCCAAUCCGAAGAAGGAACGCAGUCUUGUCUGCACUUUACCUCGUGUCUAAAGUAACUAUAACGAUCCUCGUACUUCCACUGCGAAUUGUGCGAGCGAUCGCAAAGCGUUUCGGCGAUGAGGCUGUAUACAUCCGUGAUUCGGUACGCAAAAGCUCUCUAGCUGGUCUCCUCCGAGAAAGUCUUAAUGUGUACCGACAACAGAUGUCUAUUGAGCGGAUAAAAGACUGGCGUCGUCGAAUGAUACUUCGUGACCUCUUAACAGAGCUCACAGUGAUCCGGAUUACCGAGGCUGGAAGGAUAAUGCGUGAGCUUGAAAGCGAUGACGUCUCGCUAUCGACUGGGGGUGUGAAGCGGAAAACUCCUCCAGAGUUUAUUCCCUAUAUUCAGCUACCAAGACAUUACGAUGUAGCCUUUUUCCUUCUGCACGAGGAUUACUGGAAGCGGCUAGAGCACGUACAUUUCUCCUAUCCGGCACCGCCAUAUCCACUGGCGGUUUGA